GGAGAGAGUGAGGUGAUGGCCGCGUUUAAAUUGGAUUUCCUUCCAGAAAUGAUGGUGGAUCAUUGCUCUUUGAAUUCCAGUCCUGUCUCAAAAAAAAUGAACGGCACCCUGGACCACCCAGACCAACCAGAUCUUGAUGCCAUCAAGAUGUUUGUGGGCCAGGUUCCAAGGACCUGGUCUGAGAAGGACUUGAGGGAACUAUUCGAACAGUAUGGUGCUGUCUACGAAAUCAACGUCCUAAGGGAUAGGAGCCAAAACCCUCCUCAGAGCAAAGGGUGCUGUUUUGUUACAUUUUACACCCGUAAAGCUGCACUAGAAGCACAGAAUGCUCUCCACAACAUGAAGGUCCUCCCAGGGAUGCAUCAUCCUAUACAGAUGAAACCUGCUGACAGUGAGAAGAACAAUGCAGUGGAAGACAGGAAGCUGUUUAUUGGUAUGAUUUCCAAGAAGUGCACUGAAAAUGACAUCCGAGUCAUGUUCUCUUCAUUUGGACAGAUUGAAGAGUGCCGGAUAUUGCGGGGACCUGAUGGCCUGAGCCGAGGUUGUGCAUUUGUGACUUUUACAACAAGAGCCAUGGCACAGACAGCUAUCAAGGCAAUGCACCAAGCACAGACCAUGGAGGGUUGCUCAUCCCCCAUGGUGGUAAAGUUUGCUGAUACACAGAAGGACAAAGAACAGAAGAGAAUGGCCCAGCAGCUCCAGCAGCAGAUGCAGCAAAUCAGCGCAGCAUCUGUGUGGGGAAACCUUGCUGGUCUAAAUACUCUCGGACCCCAGUAUUUAGCACUUUAUUUGCAGCUCCUUCAGCAGACUGCCUCCUCUGGGAACCUCAACACCCUGAGCAGCCUCCACCCAAUGGGAGGGUUAAAUGCAAUGCAGUUACAGAAUUUGGCUGCACUAGCUGCUGCAGCUAGCGCAGCCCAGAACACACCAAGUGGUACCAAUGCUCUCACUACGUCCAGCAGUCCCCUCAGCGUACUCACCAGUUCAGCAGGGUCUUCACCUAGCUCCAGCAGCAGUAACUCUGUCAACCCCAUAGCCUCACUUGGAGCCCUGCAGACGUUGGCUGGAGCAACAGCUGGUCUCAACGUUGGCUCUUUGGCAGGGAUGGCUGCUUUGAAUGGUGGCCUGGGCAGCAGUGGCCUUUCCAACGGCACCGGGAGCACCAUGGAAGCCCUCACUCAGGCCUACUCGGGGAUCCAGCAGUAUGCUGCUGCGGCACUGCCCACUCUGUACAACCAGAACCUGCUGACCCAGCAGAGUAUCGGUGCUGCCGGAAGCCAGAAGGAGGGUCCAGAGGGAGCCAACCUCUUCAUCUAUCACCUGCCCCAGGAGUUCGGAGACCAGGACCUGCUGCAGAUGUUUAUGCCCUUCGGGAAUGUCGUGUCUGCCAAGGUUUUUAUAGAUAAGCAGACAAACCUGAGCAAGUGUUUUGGUUUCGUAAGUUACGACAAUCCUGUUUCUGCUCAAGCUGCCAUCCAGUCCAUGAACGGCUUUCAGAUUGGCAUGAAGCGGCUUAAAGUGCAGCUCAAACGUUCGAAGAAUGACAGCAAGCCCUACUGAGCGUGCUCCCCUCUUGAGACUGGAGUGAGAGGGUCUUCUGGCACAGCUUGCCCUGAAGACUCGGCUACUGCCUUCUGUGGGAGUUUCGCUUCGUACAGAGGACAAGUUUGUGCUUUGGUUUCCAGUGUUUUACUUUGGAGUUUAGGUGCCAUAUCCUAAGUUUUUUUUUUUUUUUCCUUUAUUUAAAGUUUGCUGUGUUUGUAACCAGUGUGUGUUGAGAAGGACCAACACCAAACCACCCUGGUUGGGGGGGUCACUGGGGAAACAUUUUACAAAGAUCAGAAUUGGCCCCAAACCACCCUGAGAGAGGAUUGAGUGGAACAAAAAACCAACCCCCAGAAUCUCCCUGACUGCAAGGGUGGUUGAGAUGAAAACUGACAUCCAAGAACAGUGGGGAGCAGAAGAGAGUGGGUUGGCUUGGGAGGAAGUGAAUUGACUCCUAUGCCCUGGCAGCUGGGGGGAAACUCCUCCAUAGCUGCAUUCUGUGGAAACUGUGGGGGUUUUUUUUUGUUUUCUUGUUUGUUUGCUUUUUGGAUUUUCCUUUUCUUUCUUUUUUUUUUUUCUUUGCCACCUGUUUCUCAGAUUUUUGUCCUGGGUUUUUGCCCCUCUUUUAUGAAAAGGGGUUAACAGUUCUCUGGAAGUAAAUUAGCCUGACAUAUGCAAAAAGCAGGGAUGCAUCGCACAUUACCAGCUUCCCCAGCCUAUUGAUAUUAGAUUGGCCCUGCCUGGCUGGUAGCUGUUUGGGAGAAGCAGCCACAGAGAUAAUUUUCAGUUUAUUUCUAUACCAAAUUAGACUGUGGCCUAUUUCCAACAAGACCCUUUAACAAAGGCCACUAUGGAAGACGUCGCCUGGUUUCCUUCCUUGUAGCUCACCUACAGCAAGGAACAUCACCUCCAUUUCAAGCCACAGUUUAUCAAGAGGGCACAUCUAAGAAGGGCUUGCAGUAUCUAGUAAAAGGGAUACUUCUCCUGGGCCGAAUGAUCAAAAGCCAUUAAAUUAGAGGAGGAGGAUGCUGCUAGAUGGACCUGAAUCAGAGGGUCUCUUCAAGCCAGGCUGCCACAAUUUCCAGUGGCUAGAACCUAGUACUUAAGAGGAUUCAGAAAUCCAUGCCAGCCCCCUUAUUAAAGUGUCCCAGAUGAAGUAUUCCCGCAGAGGUCUGACAGGUCCAUCUUCUAGCUACUCCAACCCCAUCCAUCUUUUGCUCUUGGGGAUAGAGGAGACAACAGGACGUUUACAGCCUCUGUAUGGACUUCGUGUUCAUUUACCUCAGUAGUAGUAUGUUCGUUUUUGUCCUUGUGCGUACAGUUAGCUCCCUGCUGCCUCCCACGGGUCUCCCUCCAGCUCUUGCCUGUGACCCACACAGCUCCAAGAAGUGCCGUGGAGGUGGGGAGCCAAGAAGGACAUAGGCUGUUGGGAAUGAACACCUGGGCAGAAGUAGCCCUGUCGGGACGUGACUAUUAGCCCUGGGCCCCUGGAGUCUUAAACCUCACAAAUUGCAGUCUCGACCUCUCCUAGCAGCAGAGAUAAGAAGAAAGGGGUUGGUUUGCUAUUAAAUCAAAUGAGGCCUCUCUCUUUGCCAUCUGUUCCUGUGGGUAACAGACAGGGAUUGACCGUCGUGCUGUUGUACAGGUAGUUGGUGGUGUUGGAUUAUCCCAUUGAAGCUGGAACAGCUGUUCCCUUCUCAUAGUGAUUGAUAACUUGGGUCUGUUGUCCUCUAAGAAACGUGAAACAUACACUUCUUAAGCUGAACCACGUAAACUUGAAUUCUGCGCACUGGGAGAAAUGUGUCCUGUGUUUCAAAGGAUAAAACUGUUCUAAAGGCUUCCAGGGUCAUGAUGGGAUUUUUUAAAUAAAUGCAAAAAAAUAAAAAUAAAAAAAAAAAAGAAAACAAAAAAAGAAAAAAACGCUAGGUUGGGGAGGCACUGUUCUGAAUCCCAACCAGCUGGAACCAAGAAUGUUGUUUCUAUUUUUAUAGAAGUUUUAUACAGCUCCGGGGUGGAGAAUAUUUAUUACCUAAAUUAUAUCUCUGGAAAAGGCCAGGAUUUUGUAGAAUCCAGAAUGUGAUUGUUGUACACACAGGGUGCUGUGUAUGAUUGAAACUACUGACUUUCUGUGGCCGUUUGCAGCCCAGCUAACCUGCCCUAGGGGAAGGCGUCAGUGCUGUGAGCUGGCAGAGGAGGGAGCUGUGCUCAACAGGGUGCUGCGCUGCUGUGCUCCCUCACCUCUGUUCUGUCUUCCUUCUGGGCCAGAACUCUGCUUCCUUCAUACUCCCUUUCUCUCCCUUCCCCCAUUUACCAUUUUUCUGUCCAGGGAUUUGUCCUGGGCUCUGGGACCUUACAAAACUCGUUUCUUAAUGACAUCAGAGGCAAAGGUGCAGUCCACCUGCCUUUGAUACGAGACCCUGAGGCUUCAUACCUGCUUGUGGGUUCUGUCUUCUAAAAGAAGCACUCACCCCAGCAGGGUCCUGGGCUGCUGAAGCAGCCAGCUGGUGAGACCAUGCACUUCCCGUUUCCCUCCCCUGCCCAGUGAGUUAGACAGUAGCGGCACUGCCCUUGAGCACAGUUCUCUCCCCAGGCCAAAGAUGGUUUGUGCAGAAGCUGCUCCCCUACAAGUCUCACGGUGUGAAAGGGCUCAGCUCGGAGAGUGGAGACUGGCAGUCAAGUCUUAAGCAAUCCUUUUUGUUGUGUGGAGGUUUCACUUACGUUGUGUUUCUGCUGUAGUUUUGUUUCUGAUUUGGGUUACAUCAUGAAAUUGAUUUGCCUUGAAUGCAGCCCAGACCACUGUCUCCUGGUUUCCACAUAAGUGGCCAGGGCCUGCGUGGAAGCUAAGAGCUUGGAUUUCUGGUGAUAAAAGGUCAUCGCCAUAGGAUGGAGCAGAAAUCCUGGCCCUCUUCUCUAAAGAAUUCUCCCUGCCCCAGCCAGCAUCUUCCACUUGCCUCUGGGUCCUGCCCAGGGAGUGGGGAGAAAGGCUGAGGGCUGCUCCCCAGGGGCCGCCUUCGCUUCCGCAGUUGGCGCUUUGCAGGAAAUCCAAGCCUUAGGUUCCCUUCUGUCUCUGGCAGUGGAUGUUUUCUUGGUGUUCUCCAUGUCCUUUUUGACUUUUUUCCCUGUGUCCAUUGUUAGCAUGUGCAAAAGUUCCCUGUCAUUACCCGACCCCCUGGCCCGCCCCGCCUCCUCAUUCAGGGCUGUACACAGUGAGUGUUCCUGUUCUCUCUCUCUUUGUUUGGAUGUAUUGCUCUGUGUAACUCAGUGGGUCUCCCUCUUUCUGGUUUGUUUUUUUUUCUAGAUUCCUGCCGUUUGUUCAUCGUUGUGCCUAAAGCAUGUCGAUGUGGCGUCAAGUACAUCGUCCAAAUCCCUGUCUCUUCAGCUUCUCUGAUGCUUGAACUCUCACCUUUGACCUUGUGUUGACCUUUGAUGCUGACGUGUAUUUUUAUUAUGUUUGUUUCUUUCUUUGUUUUUCUUUUUUCUUUCCUCUUUUUUUUUUCCCUUUUGUGCUGCCAAAUUGGUUUUGCUAGAACGACUGCUGAAGGGGAAAUAUUUAAACUUGCAUUUGAAUAUAAAAAAAUCUAUUUUUCUAGAACUUCAUAAGAUAACCACUUGAUUUUGUGAUUCCAAUUCUUUGUAAUUGUCUUCAGAGCAGCCCUACUAGCACAUACCGCGUGGUGUUUGUAUUUCUGUGAACACACAGCCAGUCCGUUUCUAGGCUUUGUUUCUCUGUGUGCUUAGUUUUAAAGACAACUUUGAAGUAAACAAUGAAAUAAAAGAUGUCACUAAAACCUUUAAGGCUCCUGAGCACAUUUUGCUGAUCUAGUUUGUGGGGCUUGAGGA